AUGACAGUAUCUGAAAUCAGCGUUGAGCAAACCAACGCAUCUCGUCAAUUUUCAGUGCCUUCGAUGACUAUUCUAGCUCCUCAGGAUGCACGGGAAUCGUCCAGAGCCAACGCUGCCAAUUCAGGUACGAGUAUAAGCAGCGGCAAUGGCGGCGAUACUGCGAUGCCGUGCACUGUCGGGAUCCAUAACCAUCCGUUACUCCACUCAACCUCAGAGACCUCGGAGCUUAGUCCGACUAGCUCAAUAUCUGUAACAUCUCUAACCACAGUAACACCACUCUCGGCCAUUUCUGAGCCCGGCUACACUGCUAUCUUGAUGCCGGGUCUCAUUAAGAAAGCAAUUGAGAGGGAGCGCAGCAAGGAAUUUCAAUGGGAACGUGACGAG